CCUACAGCCCACUACUACUAUACAAGAUGUCCUCUCCAAUCUCCAAAUCAGCUAUCGAUGAAUUACACACGCUGAUUCCGGAUCUCAAAAUCAUUACUCCCGACUCUCCCGAGUAUGAAGCUAACAUCGACCGCUGGUUUUUCCUCUCUAUCAAACGUGCUGGUGCUGUUGUUUUCCCAACCAGCGUCGCCGACACAUCAUCGAUACUUCGCUUCACCCAGAAGCAUUCUAUCCCCAUCGCUGCCAAAGGUGGUGGACAUGGCUUACGCGGAGAGUCAUCUACCGAAGAAGGCAACAAGAUCAUUGCUCGAGGCGGAGCAUUAUGGAGCGAAGUCUAUGCUGAGGCUGAGAAAUUUGAUUUGGCUCCUGUUGGCGGGAUAUGCCCUGAUGUUGGCGUGGGAGGAUUUGUGCUGCAUGGAGGGUAUGGGUUCUUGUCGAGCGCGCAUGGACUAGGCGUGGACAACAUGUUGGAAGUGGAGGUCGUGCUUGCGGAUGGGUCAGUUGUCUGUGCCAGUGACAGUGAGAACCAAGACCUAUUCUGGGCAAUGAAGGGCGCUGGUGGAUGUUUUGGAAUUGUAACGGAAUUCGUGCUAAAAGGGCAUGAGCAGAAGAAUGAGGUUUGGACUGGGAAAAUGAUCUUCCCGAAGACUACUCUGAAAGUUGUGGUGGAGAUGGGAAAUCGAAUUCUUGAAAGAGAGAAUAAGGGGAAUGCCGUCAUGGGGCACUUUUGGGGGUAUUCAACAGAGUCCGAGGAGGUGAUGCUUGCGAUCAUUCCGUUCUACAAUGGCCCCCAAAAUGAGGCUGAAGAGUUCUUUGCCCCUUUACUCGAGCUCAACCCGAUAGUAAAUAAGGCGAAGAUGGUUCCGUUCUCGCAAUCUGGAGACAGUGCAACGGUGGCGGGGAAGUGGCGGAAACUCAGCGUUGCACGUUCUAUGAUCACUCCAAUGAAUGCUGACUUCCUCGAAGAGAGAUUGAAUGAGUUUGAAGAAUUCCUACAGAAAGUCCCUGAUGCAAGGGAACAAUCGAUAGUAGGUUUUGAGAUUAUGGGAACUCGAGCCUUGACCUCGGUCAAACAGAAUGAGACAGCAUUUGCUGAUCGAGGGAACCAUACAACCGUGAGGAUCAUUCCAAUUUAUCUGAACGAGGAUAAUUAUGAGGUUUGUAAAAAGUGGUGUUUUGAGAUGGAACGAAAAUUCCAAAUGGAAUUUGAGCAAAGGCAGAAGGAUCCUCUGUUGGAUGAGACGACUCGGUCAAGUACUGGGGUGUACUUGAACUAUGAUGGUUUCGGCUUGAGCGCGAAGACAAUAUUUGGAGUAAAUUAUGAGAGGUUGGUGGAAUUGAAGAAGAAAUACGACCCACAAAAUGUGUUUAAGAACUGUGUAGACUUGUUAUGA